AUGUUAAAAUCUGCUGCUACUCUACGUCAACCAGUUGUAUCAUUAAAUAUCUUUAGAAAUUGUCAAAGAUCGUUUUCAAUAACCCCUGUCUCACAUUCUAUUGCCGAUUUACAAGGAACAAGAACUGAAACUGAUUCUUUUGGUGAAAUUCAAGUUCCUGCAAACAAAUAUUGGGGGGCACAAACUCAAAGAUCAUUCAUGAACUUUAAAAUCGGGGGUGAAAGAGAAAGGAUGCCUGAACCAAUCAUUCGAGCCUUUGGUCAACAAAAAAAAGCUGCCGCCAUUGUAAAUAAUUCUUUAGGAACUCUUGAUGAUACCUUAAAGGAUGCAAUCGUUCAAGCAGCAGAAGAAGUUUCACAAGGUUUAUUGAAUGAACAUUUCCCCUUGGUCGUCUUCCAAACCGGUUCAGGAACACAAUCUAACAUGAAUGCAAAUGAAGUUAUCUCCAAUAGAGCUAUUGAAUUACUAGGAGGUACCUUGGGUUCUAAACAAGUGCAUCCAAACAACCAUGUAAAUCAAUCACAAUCUUCUAACGAUACUUUCCCAACCGUUAUGCAUAUUGCCGCCUUGACUGAAAUUACAAAUACUUUAUUACCAAACUUAAUUGUUUUGAGAGAAACUCUGGAUUCAAAAGCUAAAGAAUUCGAAAAGAUUAUUAAAAUUGGUAGAACCCAUCUUCAAGAUGCAACACCAUUGACUUUAGGUCAAGAAUUCUCCGGAUACACUCAGCAACUAACAAAUGCCAUUAAAAGAAUUGAAAAGAAUUUGCCAGAAUUACAAUACAUUGCUCAAGGUGGUACUGCCGUUGGGACAGGUUUAAAUACUAAGAUUGGAUUUGCAGAGCAAUUUGCAAGACAAUUAUCAAAUCAAACAAAUCUAUCCUUCCUUACUUCUCCAAAUAAAUUUGAAUCAUUGGCUGCACAUGAUGCUAUUGUUAAUGUUCAUGCUUCCUUAAACACAUUGGCUUGUUCACUAUUCAAGAUAUCCCAAGAUAUUAGAUAUCUUGCUUCUGGCCCAAGAUGUGGUUAUGGUGAAUUAUCCAUUCCAGAAAAUGAACCAGGGUCAUCGAUUAUGCCUGGUAAGGUUAAUCCAACCCAAAAUGAAGCAAUGUGUCAAGCUUGUGUUCAAGUUAUGGGUAAUAACUCAACUAUUUCUUUUGCAGGGGCUUCGGGUCAAUUUGAAUUAAAUACUUAUAAGCCUUUAAUGAUUGCAAACUUAUUAUCAAGUACGAGAUUAUUAAGUGAUGCCAUCUUUUCAUUUAAUUUGCAUUGUGCAACGGGUAUUCAAGCAAAUAAAGAUAAGAUUGAUAGACUAUUACAUGAGUCCUUGAUGUUAGUCACUUCAUUAAACCCGAAGAUCGGUUAUGAUGCUGCUUCUAAAGUGGCUAAAAAUGCUCACCAUAAAGGGAUCACUCUAAAACAAAGUGCUCUAGAAUUAGAUAUCUUAUCUUCCAAACAAUUCGAUGAAUGGGUUAGACCUGAAAAUAUGUUAGGACCAAAUUAA